AUGGGACUGACGAUUUUUUGGAGCCGCCUCAAUAGAUUUUCAGUCUUUGACUUUAUAUUAACAGGUGUAUUUAUAACUGCAUCAAUAAUUAUCCAAAAUAUUGCAAUACAUGAUGAUUAUGUCCCUGGAUUAUUGUUUGAUACAACACAAAUUCAACACACACAAACAAUUCCAACAGUAAUUCAUUACUCAUUUAUAUUUUUCGUUUUCCCACUCUUUAUUACACUUAUUUGGGCAGCAUUAGUCUUCGAUUAUACAAUUGUAAACUUAAUAUCAGCAUAUUCUUUCAAUAUUGCAUUUGCUUCAUUCGUCGCCGCAUUAUUAUCAUUCAUGAUUGCUAGACCAAGACCAGAUACACUCACAAUUUGUGGUGGUCAAGGCGCAUAUUCAGAUUGUCUUGCAAAACUAUCGAAGAAGCAAGCAAACUGGCAAUUCAGAUCUCUACCAUCAGUCACGGUUACCGAAUCAUUUGCAUCAGGUGGCUUCGCCAGUCUUCUUUUGUUUGAUAUUUGGCAUUCAACUCCUGCUUUUGUAAUGACGUUGAAAUUCUUCCCUCUUAUCUACCCAAUUGCUGUUGCGGCAAUUGAUAUAUGUGACAGAGUUUCUCAUGUUGACGAUAUCGUUCUUUCUGCUUUUAUCGGCGCUAUUGUCACAAUGUUUACUUACAGCACGUUUAAGACAGGACAGAAAUUGAUUAUCCGUCCAAACCAACCACGUAACGACGUUCUUAGUGUUGUUACUAGCUAUGUAUAA